AUGUCAACUUUCGUUUUUUCUCCACAUUGUUUUCUACUUGACGGUAAACAUCAGUCAUUGUUAACAUUGAAGUCUCGCGACCAGCUCGACAAACAAUCCGAUUGUUUAUCUUGUCAAAAAUCAUCUCAGUCAGAGUUGUUUGUUCAAACCGUUCGAGCAAUUAAUAAUAAUCAAGAUUGUCAAGAUGAGUUUUGUUCUUCGUCAUCGAAAUCAACGAGAGAACUAGUCCAAAACAAACGAUGUUCCAAUCAAUUAUCAUCGCGUAAGAUUGCCAUUACAAACGCAAUUCACGCGGAUGGUACUCAGACACAUAAUUCGAUUCUUAGGCAUAAAUCAUUGAUUGACCAUUUACAACAGAAUAAAUCUUGUUUAUUAGCAAUGAAAAGUUCACGUCAUUUGAUUACAUUUCGAGAUCUUCGCUUACGACCUACUUUACCGAAGAGACUUCUACUCAAUGUUGAACAUUCUCAUCCACUGUUGGAUAUCUAUCGUCAUCGAAAGAAUGUCAAUGAUGAAACAAUGUGCGAAACAGAUUGA